UCAUCUCUGCUCACUGGUGUUUGAAGGACUUUCCUCCAUCAUGGCAAAAAAUAUGAUUUGUAUCAUCCUCAUCUGUUCCCUUCAUGGGUUCUGGGCUGAAGGUUUUCCUCCAGUUAAUCUAACAGCGAGUCGGUCAGCGAUCAUAGAGACGGCCUCAGUUAUCCUGACCUGUGAGGGUCGGCGUAGUUCACGAUGUUUCUUAUACACUUUAAGUGGAGGAACAAAUCAGGGUUUCUCCUGCAACCAGACGUUUACUGGAACUGAGCUGCUGCAGAUGGCAAAACGUUCUGCACCCGCUAAGGUUGAAUUGAGUUGCUGCUUCCCUGGUCAGUCUGAAUCAUGUUCUCACUACAGUGACAGGUUGUUCAUCAACGUACAACCUGUUCCUGGACCUGAAUUUACCGUGAAUCCAGCAGUGAUCACAGAAACGGACACAGUCACACUGACCUGCGCGGCUCCUUCAUCUGUUUCUGUCUCUAUGUGUUAUUUAUUCAUUCUGUUUGAGUCAAAAGGACUUGAGAGAAACAUUUCCUGUCAUCAGACGCUAAGAGGAGCUGAACUGCUACAAAUGAUAAACAUGGAAAGUCGAAGGCUUCCUGCUAAUCUUAAAGUGAACUGUCGGUACAGAGCUGAACCCGGACAGGUGCUUUCUGAAUAUGGGAAUCCAUCAUCCAUCCUCAUUCAAGAUGAAGCAGAGAAGAAAAAUGAUUUAACAACGUUCAUUCCCAGCCAAACUUCAACUGGACCCACAAGCAGAACUUCAACUGGACCCACAAGCAGAACUUCAACUGGACCCACAAGCAGAACUUCAACUGGACCCACAAGCAGAACAGAAUCAAACAAUAAUCCGACUGACGGCUUUACUGUAGAUAAAGUCUCAUCCGCACCAUUUCCUGAUUUGCGGAUUCUGAAAAUACUGUUUGUGGCUUUGACUGGUUUUGGAUCAGUCCUCGGCAUCAUUUUUCUGUUUUUAACAUUUGUGAUCCGCCAGAGAGCAGGUGACCGGAAGGGCACAAGAGAAACCGGAAAAGUGGUAAUUAAAUAA